ACUGAGUUAACUCGGUUUCAUUUGACUUGUGACAUCAACAAACUGUUUCAGCUCGUUUCCAAGCCUCUUUGCAACAUCCAACGUGGAUUUCAACUUCCUCUUCAAUGAUUAAACAUCAGAAAUGUCGAGUUUUUCCGGUUUUAGUGAAGCAGACAUUGCCAAAUUACAAAAUGGCGAGAGACUCACACCAAAAAAUUCCACUGUGACCAAAAAGAAGCAUCCACCAGCAAUGGUGAUGAAAGCAAAACCAUCGAAACAAGAAAUAAGAAACCAAAUUACAUUGGAAUCUAAAUUAACUGCCUCUGAUUUGCCUGAUGAAGCUAAACUAGUCAAUGUUAGCUUAUCACCACCCACAAUACCAUCACAAACUGUAGUAAAUGAUGAGAAAACAGAAAAGAAACCAAUUGACUUGGAUGAAUUCACACAGAAGCAGAAAUACAUGGAAGAACAAAAUCGAGUGAGAAAAGAACAAGUUGCAAAGGCACUUGAGGAUAGAACCAAGCGAACUUUGCAAGAACAACAGAAACUAGUGGCAAUACAAGAUGAAUUCAAAAAGUUAGAUGAUUCACUCUCAAAUGAUGUGAAAAUAUUAAGGAAACAAAUUGAGAAUGCCAGUUAUGACUACACAGAGGCACAGAAAAAGUAUCAUAAGAUUGAGAAGGAAUUCCUAAAUGCAAAAAUGCACCUGCACCAAAGGCUAGAGAAGAAAGAAAUGCUCACAGAGCAUUUAUGUGCAAUAAUUGAGAAAAACGAAGAGCGCAAAGCGGAAAAACUUAACGAAUUACUUGCGAAACUAGAAAUAUUAGAUUGUGAGGCUGAUGCUGAUACAAAUGCAAAUGAAAAUGGUAAAAUUCAAGAUAGUGAAAUCAGCUCUAAUCAGUAACACGCUGCAACGCUAACCAACAAUAUUGUUAACGACGAAAUUUGUAUAUUUUUAUAACGGUACGCAUGAAAUGCGGUAUGUAUUAACUUAUUAUAUCUAAUAAAUCAAAUUAUUUACCUUGUAA